UUUGCCGUGGUGCUGGUGUGGGAAAACUCGCCUACCCAUUACGGCCGACUUUUCCGGGUGCUGUUUCGUCGGUUCCGAUGAGAGCGAGAGACCGCGCCAACGUUCGCGUUGGCGUUGUCGUCAUUGGGAACGGGCCCGAACCAAACGGCCUACCGGCACCACGGGAACAUUUGGCCACGUACAAACGUAACACAGGCCACGGUGCAGAGUUCCGGAGGCGCGUUGUUGGCGACGGUUUUCCGCUGGCCUUUUGCAAGGCACUUUGGUGUGUUUCGGAGUGUGUGUGCAUGGAAAUAAACAAGUGGCGCAAAGGAAGGAACCUUAAGCCUCAAAGCAAAAGUGUCAAAGUGGAGGUCGAUGAAGAAUCUCUGUGCAAUUAUCGUGCAAUAUAAAAAAGUUAAAACGAAAUGCCUCAACGUGUGCACAAUUUACUUCGUGUAACUGUAAAAAAAGCACCAAAAUAGUAAUGAAAAAUGUAAAACAAAGCAAUAAUUGUUUACUCACGGUACAAGAAGUUACGAGUAGUUGUAAAAAGGAUAUGCUUUGUUAAUAAAACUUCAAAAGAGCUAGUUUAAAAGCAAAAAGAAGCAUCAAGGUGUUGAAGUGAAAAGUGUAAACAUUACAGUGAGGUGAAGUCAAAGUGGACAAGUGAUCCGAUAUCCGUUUUGUUGUGUGAUCUCGAGUGACCAAAUUCGAGUGUUUCCCGUUGUGCGAUUGUGUGUUUGGUGUGACGUGCUGUGUGACCCAUCUCCUCAAGAAGACCGUUAACAGCUCCCUCGACUGUCACCGUCGUCCCUUCGCCGUCCGCAUGUGUGUUUCGCAGCCGGCGGUUUCGGCCCAGUCGGUUGAGUCGCUGACAGCACCGCCAUCGUCCUAGAGAUGGUCCUGGAGCAUCAGGGAAUGCUGCAGAAUCUGCAAACGCUUGGCUCGCAGCCAGCCCUGCAACUGUACGCGGCGGCCGCGGCAGCCCAGCUCGCUCCCCGCAACCGCACCAACGUACCCCCGCAAUGGGCCCCCUUCCUACAGUUCGGUGUGCCGAACGUGUUCGGUGGACACUUCCUGACCCGGCCUCGUUUCGGUCCACCGGGUGCACCGCCGAACCUUACCGGUCUGGGCGGCGGAACGGGGACGGGAGUGGGCGUGGGAGUGGGAGGUGGCGGAGGUGCCGGCUUACCCGGGGGGCUGCUCAAUGGGGCCUCCCAUCCCAACAUAUCACCUCACCGCGCCAUGCAGGGACCACCGAGCGAAGAUUCCAACGAUGAUCGAGGAUCUGCCGCCGAUGGAGACGACGAAAGCAGCGCGUCGAAGCGAAGACGCUCGCGAACAAACUUUAACUCGUGGCAGCUCGAGGAGCUCGAACGAGCCUUCUCCGCCAGCCACUAUCCGGACGUGUUUAUGCGCGAGGCACUGGCGAUGCGGUUGGAUCUCAAGGAAAGCAGGGUAGCGGUGUGGUUUCAAAACCGAAGGGCCAAGUGGAGGAAAAAGGAGCACACGAAAAAAGGACCCGGCAGACCCGCACACAACGCCCAUCCGCAGUCCUGUUCCGGUGAACCGAUCCCGCCCAGCGAACUACGAGCGCGAGAAAAAGCUCGUCGGCGGAAGAAGAUCGCCAAGGCACUCGAGCGCCAGGCCCGGAAACUGCGCGCCAAGGGCAUCACGGUCGAUCUGGAAGCGCUCAAGGCCGAAUAUCUCUCCCAGCACCGUAACAACUCCGGCAGCGAUUCGGAGGAUGACGAUGACAACGACAACGACGACGAGGAUCCGAUCGACGUGGUCGGUGGAGCGGAGUCGGGCGACGAGCCGGAGGACUGUUCGAUGCAGCGCCGGGAAAGUGUCGACGGUGAUGGGCUGGACGACACGGGCAGUGACACACCGCGCAGUAGCAUAAGGCCCAAUCCGUUUAGCAUAGAAUCGCUCCUGUACAACAACACGUGAAACCGCCGGUAACUGAGCCGAACUCCCAUACUCUCACCGACGGGCGAUACGGAAGGGUCGGAAAUCGCAACAGUCUGUUCCUAGAUCGAAUCGAUAAAGCCAGCGAGCAAGAGUCAGAACGAGCGCUGUCCAGUGAAAUGCAAUUUCUUUUUAUCCUUUAUCCCAACCAACCAACCAACCAUCCAGCCAGUAGGUAGAACGAAUAUUGCACAACGAAUCCUUUCCCCAGUCCUGUUUCUUGAUCCCAUUCACGCACACGUGUGCAUUAUUUAUUUUAAUUAAUAUUUUAAUUGUAAUUAUUGUUUAACGAAACUAGUUCAAAGAUGUAUUCCCGCGGCACUGUACGCUCGAAAGCCAGCCAGCGCCUCCGAUUUCACUGACACACUAUUGAAGGACGCACCUUCUCUCUAUCUCUGUAACUCGCGUGAAUGAUGCAUUUCAAUAAGGCGCCCCCAGUGGCACCGUGGAGAGCGGGCGGCAAUGAAUGAAACAUAUAAAACCAAUAAUAAUUUAAGAACGGUACUGCAGGAAAGGUGUCAAAGGCGGUCCAGACUUUGAGUGUCCCAGUAGCGAUUUUUUCCACAUCAUGUUAGGAGCAUGAUUGCAGAAGUUAUAAAAAUAAAUCUUCAAUUUGUGUUCAUUCUAUACUUCACUUCAAUAGAAAAAAAAUCACUCAUAAGAUGUGCUACAACUGGAGUACGACAGGACAUUGUGUACAGUAAAUUGCUUGAGUUUUUGUUUUCGAACAAAACGGACCGCAUUGGCAAGCCGCCUGCCAAGCCCUCUUAUCACGAUAUCAGGAAAGGACAAUGUGUAUAUAUAUAUAUUAGAAGAGCACACAACAAUAAGAGGCCUAUAAGUAUAAAUACAUCUAAAGUAAAUAACUAAUAAAAACAAGCGGAAACCCACAAAUUCAGCAUCGGCUAGAAGAAAAUGCCAGAAUAUAUCAGAAACCCUGCUGCAAAGUGUUUGCGGCGGAGUUCAAGAACUAAAUGCAUAAAAUAUCAUCCGGUAUCGUGAUACCGCCCGAAACGAGCAGCACAAAACAUAAGCAAAUUCUAUUCUGCCUAUAAAUUAUUCUUUCAUCAUUCCAAGAACAGUUCCCAACCGCCAACCCAGUCAGUCAGUCAGUAAAAUGCAAUAUAAGCUUCUGAGGAAUGGCAUUCAUUUCAUGAAACGUUCGAUCGAAAAAAAAGGCUCCAGCAAACACAGAUGCAAAUAGUCCCUACUAAGCUAAUACCGAUACGUAGCAAAACAUUUGUAAAGUAAUGCAGAAGCCGGAACAUGCGAAAA